GGUCGAGAAAAACCUCCCAUGCCAAAGUGAAUCAUGGAAGUGCCCAAGUGGUUCUGCACCCUAUUUCUUCAAAAUCGGAUCUGCAUGCUCAUUGAACACACCACCCCAAAGCAGACUUCGUCUCCGUUACUCUAAUGUUCAAUUAUUGGCACAUUUCCGUCUAUCACGUUCUUCGUUCCUCUGAUCCAACCGUAACUCAUCCACUAUCAGGUCCUUCUCUCUCCGAUUUGAAACGAUUUUUCGUUGUCCAAUUGGUCUAUUUGUCGUUCCUUGGUCUGACUGCUGUGUUCUGAACUGUGUGACCCCCCUUCGAGCCUGUCUCCCUAUUCACCCUGUUCAGCGAUGACUGUCGCGGGCACUCACUCUUCCUUCCUUCGUCAUGAGUGCUUUGUUCUCUCAUCAACAAGAGUCAGUCGCUAGCGAUUAUAGAGUGCUGUGAGAACCCUCAGCAAAACCCCCACCCUACGAAAGUGAACAUGAUUAUGAUGAUGCGCGCUAGCGAUGAUGACUGCCUACCUGCGAUGCGAUGAGCGAAUCUUUUUGCGCGCGUGAUGAUGAUGGUGAUGAGAUACUGCGAGGGAUGAACGAACGAUAUUUAUGCGCGCGCUUUAAAAUUGGAUCGAAUGUGAUGAAUUGGAUGAUUUUUUGGACGAGAGCGCGAGAUGAUAACGCGGUAGCUCUGGUGACUGGUGGCGCCUCCGGCCUGGGACGCGCAACGGUGGAACGGUUCGCCCGGACUGGAAGUAAAGUAGUGCUGUGCGAUCUCCCCACGUCCAAGGGUGGCGACGUCGCGAAGGAACUCGGCGACAAUGUCGUUUUCGUGCCGGUUGAUGUCCUCUCGGAAAAGGACGUCACCGGUGCGCUGGACAUCGCCAAGACCAAAUUCGGCCGUUUGGAUGUGACCGUCAAUUGUGCCGGCGUCGCCGUAGCCGUCAAGACCUACAACUUCAACAAGAAAGCCGCCCACAAAUUGGAGGACUUCCAGCGGGUGCUGCUGGUCAACACGGCCGGAACGUUCAACGUGAUUCGGCUGUCCGCCGGCCUGAUGGGCGAAAACGAACCUAACCAGGACGGCCAGAGGGGUGUGAUCGUUAAUACCGCCUCUGUGGCCGCUUUCGAUGGACAGAUCGGGCAGGCGGCAUAUGCUGCUUCCAAGGCCGCGGUUGUUGGAAUGACUCUACCGAUUGCCCGUGACCUCAGCACCCAAGGUAUCCGCAUCUGCACGAUUGCUCCGGGACUGUUCAACACCCCGAUGCUGCAAGCCCUUCCGGAAAAGGUUCGUGCCUUCCUGGCCAAGACCGUCCCCUUCCCGCAGCGUCUCGGUGAACCGUCCGAGUAUGCACAGCUGGUGGAAUCGAUCGUCGAAAACCCUAUGCUGAACGGAGAGGUGAUCCGACUGGAUGGUGCCCUGAGAAUGAUGCCUUAAGACAACCCCCUUCAAAGGUACCACCACCAUGCUUCCUCGUUCCCAUACCUUUCGAACACAAUAAGACGGACAGAUGCAUUUAUUAGGUCCUAAGUGCGUGUUGUAGUUUAGUAGUAGUUCACCGGUGCCAAUUUGUUUGGUGAAUGGGAUUCCUUGUUGGGAACUGCCAAGCAGCUGAUGUGUGCAUAUCGUGCCUAUUUUUGAACCAGGAAUAAAGUUUUGCUCAGGAGUGCAUUUUUUGUUAACUUA